GGAGAACAGCCGCACGGUGGCAGCAGCACGCGCACCUCCACUGGACCGUCGAGUAAGAGCGAGCUGUUUAUUAUUGUAGCCCCAUAGGUUUGACGAUUAAUCGAAUUUAAGGACUCGCGGAUAUUUAAAUUCAAGGUCCUAACGAUGAGCAGUUCUGAAGAGGUGUCGUGGAUCUCCUGGUUCUGUGGGCUCAGAGGAAACGAGUUUUUCUGUGAGGUGGAUGAAGACUACAUCCAGGACAAAUUCAAUCUGACUGGGCUUAAUGAGCAGGUUCCUCACUACCGCCAAGCUUUAGACAUGAUUCUCGACUUGGAACCAGAUGAGGAGCUGGAAGACAACCCUAACCAGAGUGACCUAAUCGAGCAGGCUGCUGAGAUGCUCUACGGCCUCAUUCACGCCCGCUACAUCCUCACCAACCGAGGCAUCGCUCAGAUGUUGGAAAAAUAUCAGCAAGGAGACUUUGGUUACUGCCCUCGGGUCUAUUGUGAGAAUCAGUCGAUGCUUCCCAUCGGUCUUUCAGACAUCCCCGGCGAGGCCAUGGUGAAGCUCUACUGCCCCAAGUGUAUGGACGUCUACACGCCCAAAUCCUCCAGGCACCACCACACUGACGGCGCCUAUUUUGGAACUGGCUUUCCCCACAUGCUGUUCAUGGUUCACCCAGAGUAUCGAUCCAAGAGGCCUGCUAACCAGUUUGUCCCGAGGCUCUACGGCUUCAAAAUCCACCCGAUGGCCUACCAGCUGCAGCUGCAGGCCGCGUCCAGCUUCAAGAGCCCUGUCAAAGCCACUAUCCGCUAGAGCCCAGUCAAGAAGAUGGUGUGAGGCAGACGUGAAAGAGUCAGUGCUGGGAUGGAAGCACACGCAGCAGACUUGUUUUCAGUGCCAAAAACAACAGCAGACAGGUCAUUUAUACUCAACUUAGCUGUGGCUUUUCUACAUUUACCUUGUGUUCAGUUCGAGCUGCUGUAGCACAAUAAGGUCAGCUCGCAAUGGGGGUGCAGUCGUUUGACUCUACAGCGACA